GUAGGAGAAGAUGGAAUGUUUAAGUGGGACUAUCUCUGAGCAGAGCCAGGCUGGAGAAGAUCCUGGUUCCAGAGCUGAGGAUCACACAGCAGCCGAGCAUUUUUCUACUCCGGGAAGGGCAGAGCUGCAGCUUUCCCGGGGAGCUUUGUGUUUCUGUCAGCGACAAGAUGACAAUUCAUAUUUCUACCAAAUGAUCCAGUGACUCAUCCUAUUAACUCUGCUGGAAUACACGCUCCCAGUCGUCCUGCCACGGUUUCCCAGAUGCUUUACUGCUUCUCCUUGUCUCAUCUGGGUUUGAAUUACGACUGGAAGUUCCUCCAUAUUUGACAUUCCUGCCUUUGGAGCUUAUGCCAGCUGCAGUUCUGAAGUGCUGUGGUCACGUGCAGGGAGUUUCCUUCCCUUCAUCCCAGGAUCUCUUGUUUUACACAACACUUGGACUAAUUACAGCCUCAGUGUUGCUGCUGAUGUAUUGUAACUGAGGUUAAUUACAUUAAUAAUAACUCCUGGCAUUAACCUGAGCACCUCACCAACCAAUAUCACAAUGACUGAGGACUUGGACCACAGAUUCAGUUAUCUCACCUGGGAUCAGAUUAAAAUCCUGGAUCAGGUUUUGACUGAGGCUAUACCUAUUCAUGGGAGAGGAAAUUUUCCAACCCUGGAGGUAAAGCCGAAGGAUAUAAUCCACAUGGUAAAGGAGCAGCUCAUUGAGAAGCAGAUCCAUGUCAGGGACAUCCGCCUGAACGGUUCCACUGCCAGUCACAUCCUGGUGAAGCACAAUGGCACCAGUUACAAGGACCUGGACAUCAUUUUUGGAGUGGAACUUCCCAGUGAGCUCGAGUUCCAGAUCGUUAAGGAAGCAGUUCUCAAUUGCCUAUUGGACUUCUUGCCAAAAUGUGUUAACAAGCAAAAAAUCACGGCUCAGACCAUGAAAGAUGCUUAUGUGCAGAAGAUGGUCAAAGUCUCCACCGACCACGACCGCUGGAGCCUCAUCUCUCUGUCCAACAACAGCGGCAAGAACGUGGAGCUGAAGUUCGUCAGCUCGCUGCGGCGGCAGUUCGAGUUCAGCGUGGACUCCUUCCAGAUCAUCCUGGACUCCAUCCUGGCCGUCUACAGAGCCUCAGACCGGCCCCUGACACAGGACUGCCACCCCGCCGUCAUCGCCGAGAGCAUGUACGGGGACUUCAGCCAAGCCAUGGACCACCUGAAAUACAAACUGAUCUCCACGCGCAACCCGGAGGAGAUCAGGGGAGGCGGCCUCCUGAAGUACAGCAACCUCCUGGUCCGUGACUUUAAGCCGGCGGAUGAGGCUGAAAUUAAAUCUCUGGAACGUUACAUGUGCUCCAGGUUCUUCAUUGAUUUUCCCGACGUUGCCGAGCAGCAGAGGAAAAUCGAGUCCUACCUGCGCAACCACUUCAUCGGGGAGGAGAAGAGCAAGUACGACUACUUGAUGACCCUGCGUGGGGUGGUGAACAAGAGCACAGUCUGCCUCAUGGGGCACGAGCGAAGGCAGACCCUCAAUAUGAUCACAAUCCUGGCUUUGAAAGUGCUCGGAGAACAGAACAUCAUCCCGAACGCGGCCAACGUCACGUGCUACUAUCAGCCUGCUCCCUAUAUCAGUGACAGAAACUUCAGCAACUACUACAUUGCCCAUGGACAACCCCCUGUGUUCUACCAGCCGUACCCCUUCCACAUACAGCUACAGAGCGGGAUGGUGUAGGAACGCUCCAACCUCCAAGCACUCACCACUCCUCUCUUUCCAGUUCUCUCCUUAAUAAAGGCCUCAUUAAAGCGAGUUUUAUCAGCA